AUGGAUCACCUUUUACACUCUACUCCUUUUAAUUUUUGCACUGUCUUUUCUUGUGUCAUAUUUCUGAUUGUUUGGAUUCGAGACACUGAAAAAUUGAAGAAAAAUGUGAAAGAGUUGGAAAAGAAGAUUCAGGAUAUGGAGCUGUAUGGGGUUAUAAAACCACAGAAAAAUCCUCCUAAACGAGUUCAAUUACCGAAGAGAUCUGAUAAAAAAGAAUCGAAGAUUGUGAAAGUUGUGAAUGAGACCCAAACUCCGCUAAGCGUAACAGACGAUUCAUCCGUAACUUGUUCGAAGGAUUCAACAGAUACUAGAACAACUGAAGCUACAACAGAAGAAAGUAAAACUCAACUGGGGAGUAAGACGGAAACUUCAGUUACUGGAACAGUCGUCGAGGCUGACAAAACACAAGAGAAAAGUCCAAUAGAUUCGAUUGCAACUGCUGAAGUGAAUAUUCUUUCUCGGAAGGUGUAUUGA